AAAUGGCCGGCACCGCGCGGGUUAAAGAAGACUCGCAGUGUAGUAGUUUAGUCUGUUUAUUUAGUAUUUAAUUUUGAACAAUAACUGAAAAGUCAGAAUGAUUGAAUCACUGAUUCUGAUGACUGAUACCGAUUGACUGAUUGAGUCCGAGUCACUGUAAAAAAAAAAAAAAAAAUCGGUGAGCAUGCCGCGCUGUAAAUGUCGUCUUCGAUAGUUUUCAGAGUACCGCAAAAAAAAAUACCGCAGGAUUUUUUAGUGCGGUAUUUUCAGAAAUUUUGCGGUAGUGCGGUACUACUGCACUAAGUACCGCACUUGCCCACCUCUGGUUAUUGAGGUUAUGAGUUACAGUUGAGGUUAUGACGUUAUUAAGGUUAUGAGUUGCAGUUAAAAUUAUGAAGUUAUGAGUUGCAGUUGAAAUUAUGAUGUUAUUGAGGUUGAGCUGCAGUUGGUUAUGAGGUUAUUGAGAUUAUGAGUUGCAGUUGAUGUUAUGAGGUUAUUGAGGCUAUGAAUUACAGUUGAGGUUAUUAAGAUUAUGAGUAGCAGUUCCGCUUAUGAGCGAGAUGAGAAGCUGCACCGUCACCGUGAGUCAAGUCUGCGAGCCGGCAAUCAUCUUCAGUUGAGAGAUGAUAGUGGCCUCAGUCUGCUCUGUUUGGCUCCCAACACCAUCCUCCACCAUGGCUCCUCUGCUUGGCUACUGGAAACUUCGUGGGUGUUUAACGUGCCAAACUACGAAUCCGUGAGCCCAGAUUCGAAUCCCGGGCCGGUCAGUCGGCGAGCAACUCACCCAGUUGGCAGCUGCUCGAUCAUCGUUCCUGUCGGGCUACUGGCCCAGUACAUCCGGACGCUCCUUGAGUACACCGGCACCAAGUAUGAAGAGAAGCUGUACCUUUUUGACUCCGAACCAUCAUGGCCAGAUGACAAAUUCAACCUGGGACUUGAUUUUCCCAAUUUGCCAUACUACAUUGAUGGUAACGUCAAGCUCACACAGUCUGCUGCCAUAAUGUACUACAUUGGCCGGAAGAACAACAUGAUUGGGAAGACAGACGAGGAGAAGAUGUACGUGGAUAUGCUGGUCAACCAAGCCGUAGACAUGCGAAUGCGCUAUGCAUACCUUGUUAAUGAUUCUGAUUUUGAAGAGAAGAAACCCAAGUAUUUGAAUGAAGACUUGCCAAAGACCCUGAAGAUGCUGUCUGACUACCUGGGCGACAAGACCUGGGUCCUCGGUGACCAGAUUACCAUCCCAGACUUUAUAUUCCAUGAAGUCCUUAUCAUCAACCUGGAUCUGGACAAGCGUUGCUUGGACAAUUAUAAGAAUCUUCAAGUCUAUAUCAAGCGAUUUGAGGAGCUUCCAACCAUCAAGAAGUACUUGGCAUCUCCAAGGCUCAUCAAGUCUCCCGUCAGCGGUCCAUUGGCCAAGUUUGGAAACAAGUAACAAGAGACUCAAAAACUUCUAUCCAUAAGAUGUCAAAGAUUUUUUUUAUUUUUUUUUUAUCAUGAGUUAAAUUGAAUAGGCUUCCACCUUUUCUGCUAUAGUGCAGUAAAUUCAUUCAACAACAAAUCCAGCGUCAGCCCACCCAGCUGCUCACCCUCCCUUUUGGACUGCUCAAUAUAUGGUUACCUGAGAAAGCCUGGGGAAGGCAAGCUUUGGUAACCUGGAGGUUAUACUUGCCCUCUGGCCCGGGGUAAUGAGUCACAUAUAUCCACCACAAGCUCAAGGGCCGGUGUGAAAGAAAUGAGCACUGAGGCCAUGCACAGCUUUAGCCAUGUCCCUUAACUUUGCACUUGCUUUCAUCAAACUGCAGUUACAUGAUUCCCUUAAUUAAACGAGCAUGAACCCAAAGAUCUACUUAAAUACAACCAAAUAAUGUAUGUUGAACUUAACUGCGAAAACGCAGGGGCUGAGAGGACAUAAGAAGAAACUUAAUAAAGGAACCUGUUUGAGUUACUUUAAAAAGU